AUGUCUCGGCCAUCCGUACAUCCAGAGCGCCCGCUUUCUCUCACAGAGGAACUCGAAAAACUAGAACAAUCUAUCACAUUGACGCUCCAAGAGAUCGAUCAAAACUUCAGCCAAGCACACCGCAUUGUUACAACAAGCAUUCUGCCUCUGGUAGCACAAUACACCGAACAUUCCCGCGAUGUCUGGGAUGGUGCCAAGUUCUGGAAACAAUUCUUUGAAGCUAGCGCCAAUGUAUCCUUAUCUGGAUAUGAAGAGCAACCAAAAGAUGAUGACACAGUUCAAGAGCAAACGGCAAUGGAGGAAGAGGACCUUACUGCCGAUAUGACCCAAAGCACGAGUCACGAAGAUCAAUCCUAUGAUACCCCUACGUCACAGCGCCACAAUAUGCACCACGGUCACGGAGAUGACCUCGACCUAACCGAGCUCGCUAUUUCCUCGCAUAGUACUCCCCGAGGACCUUCUCAAUAUGUCGACGAUGACAUGACCACAUCUUCCGUCGAGCAUUCCUCGUACGAGGACUUGCGAAGACAAAUCAACGAAGCAGACGCACCCUUCAGCAUGCCCGACUCAUCUACACUUCCCUCUACCCCAGGCCGACAACCAUUCUUCCCACAUGGAGCCUCAGCCGAAAGCCCCAUGUCAUCCCCCUUCAUCCCUCCCGCGUCAGCCAAGUAUCAGUCCGCAUCGCGAGACACGCGCUAUCAAAAGCCCUCCGACCCUGUGCUGCACCAAAUGCUUGACAAAACCUACCGCGUUCAGGCUACUCCGCUCGGCAAGAAUUACCACAACCCAAGUGGAGGUACGAACACCCGUUCGAAAUUCGCGGUCACGCCGAAUCAAGCUGGUUCUAGUUCGAGAUACGCGUUCAACGAUUCGCCCAUGUCUAGCCCUGAGCCAGAAGCGCCUCAGAUGCACUCGGAGAUCUUUUCUUCGCCUAUCAAAGGUGUUGAUACCCCUGGAACGAAUCGCAAGCGACGCACCAGCAGCAACCGCAUGCGAGUGACUCCUAAACCUGGUUUCAGUGUUCUGACACCAGCGAAGAAGUCCGGAGGUAAUCGUGCCAUAUGGGAUAGUGACGAUGAGUUUGAUGAGGAUCUCGGUCCUAGCCCUCCUAAGACCAUGCAGUUCCACAUUCCUCAGAGUCGACUUAUGCAGACGCCAGCCAAGGAAGCAUCCAAGCGUAUUGUCACCGAUCUCCUAGCCACUGCUGGAGCGGGUGAUAUUACCGACGACUUCGACGACGAACAUAGCCCGAGUAUCAUUCGCCGCAUGGAGCGGCUAGAAGAUGACACAUUCUGA